CCUCGACAUGAGGAGGUCAAGAAUUUGGUGUAGGAUUUGCCAUCAAGUAGGGGAAUUCAGCACUAAAGCUGAGUGAAAAGUCUUCCUGGGAGGAGGAAGGGCCAUUGUAUCUUAAUCAGUGGAUGGAGACCAAACCCAUCAACAAGAAGUUAAGUAUCAAAUGGAGAACCAGUGCCUUCCCAAGAAAGUUCCAGGGCUCUGUUCCUUCCGAUAUGGACUGGCUAUCCUUUUGCACUUCUGUAAUAUUGUCAUCACGGCCCAGAGAGUGUGCCUGAACCUCACCAUGGUAGCUAUGGUGAACAGCACCAAACCACCCCAUCUGCCUAACGGAUCUGCAGUGGAGAUACUGGAUGAUGUAAAGAAUCCUGUGUAUUCCUGGAGCCUUGAUAUUCAAGGGCUUAUUCUCAGUUCUAUCUUCUUUGGUAUGAUUAUGGUUCAACUUCCUGUUGGGUACCUAGCUGGAAGAUACCCAAUGAAGAGAAUAAUUGGGUCCUCAUUGCUCCUCAGCUCUGCGCUAUCCCUGCUUAUCCCACAAGCAGCAAAAGUUGGAGCAGCUUUGGUCAUUGUGUGUCGAAUACUCCAGGGAAUAGCACAGGGGAUAGUGUCAACGGGCCAGCAUGAAAUAUGGGUCAAAUGGGCACCUCCCUUGGAAAGGGGCCGACUUACUUCUACGACUCUAUCAGGGUUUGCAAUGGGACCAUUUAUUGUCCUGCUUGUGAGUGGAUUCAUCUGUGAUUUUCUGGGCUGGCCUAUGGUUUUCUACAUUUUUGGUAUUCUUGGCUGUGUUCUGAGUCUUUCCUGGUUCCUUCUGUUCUAUGAUGACCCCAACGACCACCCAUAUAUGAGCAGGAUUGAGAAGGACUACAUCACAUCCUCUCUUACCCAGCAGGUCAGUUCUCGCAGACAAUCUCUGCCAAUGAAAGCUAUGCUUAAGUCUCUUCCACUCUGGGCUAUUAUCAUCAAUAGCUUUGCUUUCAUAUGGACCAACAGCCUCCUGGUUACAUAUACUCCAACAUUUAUCAACACCAUGCUUCAUGUUAAUAUUAGAGAGAAUGGACUGCUGUCUAGCCUCUCCUAUCUGCUUGCCUACAUCUGCGGUAUCGUAUCAGGUCAGCUGUCAGACUUCUUCCUGUCCAGGAAGAUUUUCAGCAUAGUUAACAUCCGAAAACUCUUCACCACACUAGGGAUUCUCUGUCCUGUGAUCUUCACCAUGUGCCUGUUCUUCUUGAGCUCCAGCUUCUACAGCAUCAUCAUUUUCCUGACACUUGCCAAUUCAACACUCAGCUUUUCCUUCUGCGGACCACUCAUCAAUGCUUUGGAUAUUGCUCCCAGAUAUUAUGGGUUUCUUAAAGCAGUUACAGCUUUAAUUGGAAUGUUGGGAGGCCUAAUUUCUUCAGCUCUAGCUGGGUUGAUCCUUAGUCAGGAUCCGGAAAAUGCUUGGCAUAAAAUCUUCUUCUUGAUGGCAGGCAUCAAUGUGACGUGCCUAACUUUCUACCUUAUAUUUGCUAAAGGAGAAAUUCAGGACUGGGCUAAAGAAAUAAAAAACACACGACUGUGAAGGAUGGCCCAUUUUGAAAGAAAAUAUAUAUAAAAAAAAUCACCUUCCUCUUUGACGGACCCAGGGAGUAGUCAAAGUUGUUAUAUGCAGCAGCUAAAGACGAAUUGAUUAACAAACAAAAAAUAGGGACUGGCAAGAUGGCUCAGCAGUUAAGAAGACUGCUCUCCCAGAAGACCUGGGUUUGAUUCCCAGCACCCACAUGGCAGCUAAUGACCAUGAUUAACUCCAGUUUCAAGGAGUUACAUACAAGGAUCCAGUGCCCUCUUCUGGCCCCGACAGACACUGCAUGCUUACAGUGCACAGACAUACAUGCAGGCAAAACCCUUGUAUGCAUAAAAUUAAAAUAAGUAAAUAUUUAAAAAAAAGAAAAAGAAAAGAGUCAUGGUAAGGAAAAGAGAUGGAUUAAUGAAGACCUUGUAUAGCUGACUCUGUGUUAAAUGAGACCUGGGUCAGUUCCAAGAUUGCCAAAGAGAGUGAAAGUGUCCCAACCA